GCCGUGAAUCCGAGUUGCGGAACGUCCGAACGAUACGAGCUUGUACGUCGAUGGAGACGCUGCCCCCAUCAUGAACCCGGCCGAGGUCGCCCUCGCGCAGCUCGACGUCCUCUUGGAUGAGCAGGAGGCGGUCGCCCCAGCAGCCGCCUGCCCCACGCGCCGCCGCGUCGGCAACCCCACGAACGAAGCACCGGCUAGCCUCCCGGAGGCGGUCGCCGCGGCGCUGAAACGGCGGCGCGAGCAGCAGCCGGACGCCACAAUUAUUGUGCCUGAGGGGCCCCGAACGCGCAAGCGCGUCCGCGUCGCGCCGCCGCCAGUCGCGGAGUUCGCAGUGGGUGCCGAGGUCGAGGCGCUGUGGGAGGGGAAAUGGUAUCCCGGCGUCGUCGCUGAAGUUGUUGUCGAACUAGAAGUCUACUACGAGAUUGCGUGGGCCGACGGCUACUACCAAAAUAGGAUUCGUGCCGUGAGCAGGUCGGGCGAGAAGCUUGUCCGGAGGCGGGCCCCUGCGGCGGCCGUUAGUCUCCCGGCGGCGGCCGCCCCCGCGCUGAAACGGCGGCGCCAGCAGCCCACGAGCGCCGUUGUCGCUGCGGCACCGCCACCGCUGCGUGCCGCUGCUGUGACCGGCGACUGGUGCGUCGUCGGAACACAUGUAGAGGAUUCCGACGAUGCGACGGUCCGCGGCGUCAUCACUGGCUACACUACGGGCUGGAGGGAAGUUGCGACGACGACCGGCUCCGUGGUGAUGAUACGACCCUCAAAGUUGACGCGAACGACGCUGACGGACGAGGAGACCGCGCGAUGCGUCCGCCCGGCCUCGCACAAGGACUACGUUCAAGCACGGAUCGACGGCUUGGUACGGUUCAGCCACGGCGGCCGCGAAUUCAAGAACCGCUUCACGUGUGCGGACGGCACGGAGCGGCGGCAGUUUGUGGUGACGGCGACUCAUGUUCGGUGCGCCCUCUGCCCUGAUGGGUGGUCAUGGUCUUUGGAGACCGAUAUUUUGGUGCUUUUGGGAAACCUCAAGAAUCACUGCGGACAAACGUCAGGUCAGAGGCCCUCGGCUCAAUUGCACCGCGAGCGCCUCGCCUCGGCCGCGGCCGCGCCGCCCGUCGCAACCACCGACGAGGCCGGAACGGUGCUGGGCAUCUCGCAUGCCCAGGCGCGCCAGCUUGCGACAGCUGCCGCGGCCGGCUGCCUCAUCGUCCGAGAUACCUCUCAAGCUUUGAGUGCCGUCGAGUCUCCAUUCUGGAGGGCAAUGCGGACGACGCAGCGGCUCCCCUCCGACGCCGCGCUUGAGGCCAUGACCGGGACGCAGCUGAGAAAGCUCAUGGCGCGGCGCGGCGUGGGCCGCGGCCCGCAGGACCGCAAGGCGGACUUUAUCGACAAGCUCAAGGCCCGCGCCGCCGGCGAGACCUACGUCAACAAGCCGUACCCUGUAACUGGUGACUGGUGCAUCGUCGGCGCACAGGUAGCACAAAUCGAUGAUUCGACGGUGCGCGGAGUGAUUAUCGAUUGUCCUAAGGGCUGGAGGGAAGUGACGACGACGACCGGCGCCGUGGUGAUGCUUAACCCCCGACAAUUGACGGAAGCGACACUGACGGAGGAGGAAGCCGCGCUGUGCGUCCGCCCGGCCUCGCAGAAGGACUACGUGCAAGCGCGAAUCGACGGCAUAAUACGCUUCAGCCGCGGCGGCCGAGAAUUCAAGAACCGCUUCACGUGUGCGGACGGCACGGAGCGGCGCCAGUUCGUGGUGACUGCGACUCAUGUUCGGUGCGCCCUCUGCCCUGAUGGGUGGUCAUGGUCUUUGGAGACCGAUAUUUUGAUGCUUUUGGAAAACCUCAAGAAUCACUGCGGACAAACCUCAAGAAUCACUGCGGCUCGAUUGCACCGCGAGCGCCUCGCCUCGGCCGCGGCCGGGAUUGUGCUGGGAGUCUCUCGUGCCCAGGCGCACCGGCUCCUCCCGCGCGACGCACGGGGCUGCUUCCCGUGUCCUGCGGGCUGCCCGCGAACGUUCCAGCACGCGCCGGCGGCGGUGCAGCACGCCAAGUCGUGCGCGGCGGGCAAGCGGUCGAGCCGCCUGAAUCCUCCCGUACCCCGGAGUGUAGCUAGGCGCUCGGGUCGCGCUAGGCCACCCGACGCCAUCGUCGAAACCAAGACGGACGACGACGACGUCGAUGAUGCCACGGCCAAGGAGCGGAACAGGCGGUUGGCGGAGGAGAUCGGCGCGCCGGUUUGCUUGUGGGGGGGCGCGGACGUGCGGCGCGAGCGCGAAGAGGCGAUGGAUCCGGAAGCGAAAAGGCCGCGGACAGAAGCGCCCUGGGCGCGGUGGGAUCAGUCCUCUGAGAACGACUCGGCGUCUCCGCGGCCAUCGCUCCCGCCGCCACCUCGUGCUCCCGCCGAUAGUGAGGCGGUCACCGCCGCUGCGCCGCCGCCCCCUCGACCGCCGGCGCCGCGCGCCGCGCCGCAGUGCAUCGACCUGACGCGGGAGGACUCGGAGGACGGCACGGACCCGCCGACGCCGCCAGGUGACGACGGCUACUCGUCGUCGUCCUCGGAGUGCUCGGUCGAGUCCGUCGGCGGGCAGUAUGUACCGGAGCCGCCCGGCCCCGCCCCUCCGAAUCGCACCUGGGACACUCGCCGAGGCGCGUGGGUCGACGCCGCGGAAGAAUUCGAGGCGUGGAUGGCGCAACACGUGCCUGUCGCCCGGCACGCGCGAUUGCGAGACGUGGCCGACUCGCUCGCGGACCUUCGAUGCUGCGACAUCGACGACCUCGACGACGCUCUAGAAUUAUCGCAAUGGUCCGAGCCGGAGCGGCGGCGAUUUAUGGACGCGUGUUCGUCACUCUAGAAGAAUAACCUGUAUGUUUACGAA